AUGAUCUCGCCAGUCUCUGCGCUGUGUGCUGCUGGCUUUGCCGCCGCGCUGUAUGCGCACCGCUUUUGGAUGCCGCCGUGCGUGCUCAAGGAGCCGGAGCGGUGCCGCGCCUUUGGUCGGCUGUCGUACUUCACCGUGCAGACCAACCUGAUCAACUUUGCGUACCACACACUACGCUGCCUCGCGCCGAAACACCCGCUCGUCGGCCGGCUGCACCCGCUCGCCUUUGCCACGGCCAGCAUGCUGACAGUCUUAUACUACAGUCUCGACCACUGGAACGCGCAAAAGGCGGCGGGCGACCGGAAGUGGAUCGCCAAAGGCUACACCAGGCUCCCGCUCGGCAACCACGUCGAGCACGGCCACGCGCUGCCGCUCGCACUGCUCGACGCGCUCUGCCUGCCGCGCGCGGCCGCGUCCGCCAGCGACGUGCUCUGGAUCAACGGCGGGUACGGCGCGGCGUAUUUCGCGGUGAUGGUGCUGCUGGGCAAGCGGCUCAACGGGGAGUGGAUCUACCCCGUGCUCGACGACCUCGAGAAGGGGUUCGGGCCGGCAGGCCCUUACCUGCUCGCCGCUGCAAUCAUCGCGAUUUCCCUCCUGCUCGGCCUCGCGGACCGCUCCCUGGCCGCGGGCGCGGCGUGA